AUGAAAUUGUAUUUAUAUUUCCCCAAUAUCUUGAUUGCAAUUGUCCAUUGUUUUUAUUCUUAAAUUCAAUGCUUAUCUGAUCGGUAAAACAUAGAAAACUUCAGCCUUGCUUCUUUUCUUAUCCCUUAAUAACUUUUUAUCGCUAUUAGAUAUGUUAAAAAACAAUUCUAACUUUCUCAUUUAUCACAGAUGAGUAGCGUCACUACUAUAGUUUCCAAAUGGAACUUAAUAUCACCACCAAAUUAAAUAUAUAGAUUAAAAAAAUAAAUAAAUUUUAUUGAUCUCGUGCCUUGCACUCUUUAACAUUUUACCUUUAUUCGAAAAGUACACAGUGGAAUUUAGACAAUAAUUUCAACAAAAUAAUUGAUAAAACUUCUUGUGUCCAAACCUCAAUUUUAUUCAUAGUCUCAAUUUAACUGUUGGAAGUGUAUGGUCAAGCACAGACAACUACUUUUUAAAGUUGUCUGUCACUAAUUGUAGGGAUUCCUCAUCUAGUAAUUUUAAUUGGAAGCCAACUUGUAAAACUUCAGAUGAGAUUUAGGCAACAUUAAAAAGAUAAGGAAGCUAUCGUUUUUAAGUUUAUACUACAAAUUUCGUAAUUAUAAUCAAUAUUUAAAUAGUUAUUAAAUCCAAACAGACCUGAAAAUUAUUUAUAACCUUAUUUAGCUGUAGACUAAUUCUAUACUUUUGUUCCAGAUAAAAUGUUUGUUUAAUCCGAUAUAUUUUUCAGAACAAAGAAGGUUACAACCGAUCAAGGAAUUCUAAUGUAUCCAGAUAAACAAAAUGAAACUUUUGCCUUUCGAGAUUAUGGAGAUUAAAGAGAAUAAUUUGAAAUUUCUAGAAUAACACCUAAUUAUUAUGCGGCAUUUUAUUUUUAAAGAAGUCCAUAUUCUUAUAGAAUAAAUAGAAAAUUCUUAAGACUUGAUGAAUUACUAAGUUAUUUAGGAGGAUUUACUUAAUUUAUGAUUGUUGUUGUGGGUAUAAUAGUAAGAUUUUAUAAUCGUUAACAUUUAAUCAUAUCUAUUGCUAAUGACUUAUACGAAUUUGAUAUGAGUUAAGGUAGGCAGAAUACUCAAAUGNAUAAAAUGAAGUACCUUUAAUUAGUAGUAUAAAAAACAUUCGAUUUUUUGAAGCAAUUAUAUAGCCAGGAGCGAUGUCUUUACUUAUUUGCAAUGAUUGAUUAAAUUAGAAGGGUAAGAAAAUAUAAUUGA